GUAGUGAUACUUCUGCGAGACUGUAUUCGACAUUCUUGCAAGAGCAAGCGGCGAGAAGCCGGUACCCUGACACCGGGUACCAUAAACCGUAGUACCAUAAAGAUAGUACCAUAAACUGUAGUACCGCGACCGCUAUCUUUAUCGGAUGGCGCCGAUAUAGAGGAAUUCUCACUUUUAUAUUAGUUAGUGUCCCUUUUCGAAAAGUGUUCGAGCGUGUUAAGUUAAUUUGAUGUUUUUUUAGUGGUAGUACCAGUGGUACCGGUCGUCAUACCGAACAUUCUUCCGGAAACAUUUACCAAUGGAGGAACGAUACCUAUUGAGUUAAAAAGAAAAAUCAGCCGCCAACUUGCAACGUGAUCAAAUCGGGCAUGCAGAAACAUGGAGGGAAGUUAUAUUUUUACCAUCGUCACUAUUCUAGUGGUGAUGUUCUUCGAGGGAAUACUGACAGACACUAUGUAUAUGGUGUCAGAUCCAGAACCCAUAGCUCUUCCGAUAAACUUCGAGACUGUCCUGACGUGUGAAAUGAACAUAGAACCAGAUAAAUUCGAAUGGAAGUUUUAUCCCACCGACGAUCCUUAUAAUCCCAACGCCUACAUUGACCUAAGCAACUCCACAUUCCACUUAGUACCGGAAGGAAGGUACAAUAAACAACGAAAGAAAUCGGCGAUGAAGAUCCAGGUUAAUGGAGUUCAUAGUGCUGGUGACUACCAGUGUCUCGCUUAUUACGGGGCUUAUGUAGUAGCUUCAGUGCCAUGGAGAAUAACCAUAGCAGUGCUAAAAGAGUUCCCUCGGCAGGAUAGUACAGACGCGACUGUUUUAGUAGGAAACACAGUGUUGUGGCGGUGCUUGGUGCCAGAAUCAAAUCCAGAAGCGUCCAUAGAGUACUUCAAGAGAGGAGAACUCGUCAGUUCGCCAUAUCUGAAGCAUCAAUCAAAGUCGUUGGUGAUACCGAAUGCCAAUACUGAGGACACGGGAAUAUAUAGUUGUAGAGCAAGUAAUACUAUGAAAAAUGUCAAUUCUAGUGUGUAUUUAAAUUUAAAAGUAAUUAAGUAUGCGUCUCCUAGACAACCCUAUUUUAUAAGUGAGCCGAAGAGGAGUUAUACGGUUGUAAAAGGUGAUCCAAUCCUACUAGAAUGCGCAGCAGUAGGCAACCCCAUACCAAAAGUAGUAUGGUUCAAGAAAAAUGGUCAACUCCCUUCGAACCGUAUCGAAAUGCAAAAAGGGGGCCUUCUUAUCAACAACGUCAUAUCUUCGGAUGAAGGAGUCUACAUGUGUAACUAUACCAACACACACGGAACGAUAUCUCACCAAAUAUCUCUAAUAUACAACGAAGAACCUAGUAUAGACUGCCAGACAAAUAAAACAGAACCAAAACAAGGCGAGUUCUUGGACUUACAAUGUAACGUUCGAGGAAUACCUCCACCUCAUUAUUCUUGGUUCCUCAAUGGAUUUUCCGUGUUGAACGAUAGUCUGGUUGACGUUAAAGGCAAUAGAAUAAACUUUACUAGGAUAGAGAAAAGACAUGCUGGAAAUUUGCAAUUCUUUGCGAGAAAUGUGGUUAAAACUGUUUAUAGUAGUAUACUGAUCAGCGUGAUACCUUUGGGAUCAACAGAUACUUCGAUAGCUACAACAAGACCUCAUAGAAAGCAUUCGUCAAGGAGGCCGCCGAAACGUCCUCAAAAACCUCCAAAGCUCAUUCCUCCGGGCAAACCUGUAAUAUCGCGUCUAAACGACGUAUCUGUAGUGGUGCGCUGGAACGUAUCACAAGACACAGGAUUGCCAAUUUCGUUCUUCAAAGUUCAGUAUAAGGAACUAGGACCUGUCAACCCGAAUGCUCAUAAUGGUAGUAGCAGACCUGGAAGGUGGAAGACUGCCAACUUUGACAUACCUCCCAAUAUUAGGGAUUAUGACAUUACCAAUUUGAAACCAGAUCAUAUCUAUAGAUUUAGGAUAGCCGCCGUUUAUACCAAUAACGAUAACAAGUUGAGUGUCAAUUCUGACAAGUUCCAUUUGAAGAAGUUAGACUUUGAUGUUAGGAAUCCUCUUCCUACGCCAAUAAUUAUAGAGACUGAAACUGUUAAUACCACAUCUGUUAAGAUACACUGGAAGUGCCAUAUGAUAGAAAACGUUCCCAUAGACGGUUUCUAUAUUAGCUUCAUAUCAGCUUCGACGGCAGGAGAUUAUAUGAAAGCCACAGCCGAUGGAAGAGAUACCAGGGAAUACAUAAUUACUCAUUUGCAACCUGAUACCAUCUACGAUGUCAAGUUGCAGAGUUUUAACUCGAAAUACGCCAGUGAAUUUAGUGGAAUCAUGAAAGCUAGAACUGGAGUUCUUCAACAGUUGCCAACAACUACCACACAACUACCAAUGUCGCCAACUCCUAGAGUAGAAAAGUCCGAAUUUAGUUUAUAUGUCAUUGUAGCUGGUGCUGUGAUAGGAUGUGCCUUACUCGUCUGCGGCAUUACUCUUAUAUUUGUUUGCAGAAAAUGGAAACAGAAAAAAUCAGUCGACAACCGAAAUAAAGCAGUAGUGGACGACCAUACCCUCCAACUGGACGGCAAUGAGUACGUAGUAGUCAGUCCGAAAUCUUUGCCUAAAUCGAACGGGUGUACCCCAAAUCGGAUCACCAUCACCGCUAAUCCGCUCGCUGAUGCGGACAACAAGAAUCAGAACAUGAUAGAGAUGUCUUGUUUGAGCGCGCACGCUCAAAAUAACAACUGCGCAAGUCCUGCCGUCAGACAAGAGUCCACCUCUAGCUCGGGCGCGGCUCCUGCAUCGGAAGAUCUGUCCACGUCAACGCCUGUCAACUCGAAAGAACACAAGAAGAAAAAGAACAGUAAAGAAAAAAGUAGUAGUAGACAUAAAAAGACUACUUCGGUUGAGAAUGUCUCUUCAUCCGGGGAAAAUUACGUUUAAGUAGACUUUGUACUAUUUUGUGAUUGAAGAGUGUGAUCUUUUUAAAAUUACUUUUAGUAAACGUAGUGGAAAGACCUGAAAUAAGUUAUAUUCAAAAGUUACAUUAUGGGUUGCAUUUUUCAGAGGAUUCAAUUUUAUUUUUUUAUGUGUAGGAGGAGUUACUAUAAGCUUAACUAAAAAGUUUGUGGGGUCGCCACUAUAGUCCCCGGCCGCCAUCUUGGAAAAAGAGGUACGAAAUAUUUUCGCGCUGUAUCUUUUAAACUAGCAUGCCUACAGCAAAUUUUAUUAGGCAUUAUUUGUAGCAAAAUAAAUUGUCUACAACUUUAUCCCUAUUACUUUUUAUCGUAAAAUAGAGAUACUGCUAUUGAAAUACUUCAGGAAACGCUAGGAAAGUUUGAGGAUAAAGACACCUGAUGGUGGUCAAAAGAAGUUUAAGAAAAGAGAAAAUUAUACAGUGAGGACGUUUAGGUUGGAAUAAAUUCAUUUUCUCGAGAAUGGGCGAUUUUGGAGGUAAAUCCCGAAACAGGUCGAUUUUUAUUUUUGAAUUAUAAUUUUUUGGCAUAUAUCAUACUAAUAGUGACGUCAUUUACCGGGGCAUGAUGACGUAAUCGAUGAUUUUUUAGAUGAGGAUAGGGGUCGUGCACUAGCUCAUUUGAAAGGUUAUUAAUUCUCUAUUCAAUAAUAUAAACAUUAGCAUAAUUAGAAAUAAAAUAAAAAUUUCAUUUUUAUUCAGUUUCAAUGCGAAGGCAAAACCGUCUUAUUUUUCACUUAGGGGUAACUCACAACCGUUUUCAUAACUAAUCCGUUUGCAUUAAUGUAGUACCAAAGACACUCGAAACUCCAGGAGCGCCUUUCAUUGACCUUGGAAACCAGGUGCUCUGGGAGUCGGUUAUGGUAGCAUAUUCGUGUUUAGCGACCUCAAAAAAUCCUCAAGUAAUUUGCAUCAAUUAAAUGCCGAAAACCCUCGAAACUCUAGAAGAUGACGUCCGUUGAAGGUCAAGGUCAAAGUAAAGGUCGCCAUUGGAUAGCCAGGAAAAAAUCCUAAACUGCUAGUACUCUUCCCUGAUUCAAACUUCUACAUGUUGUAAGAUAACCAGUAACGCAGGGAAUUGGAAUACCCAGUAAAUCUUAUAAUUUUCCGAGUUUAUGCCUCUAUAGCUUGAAAAUCUCCAUAUCUAUGGAGAUCUGAUUUCCAUAAGAUUUGUGCAGGGUACUUUGUAGUGAAAAGUGUUUGUUUCAAAACCAUCUAUAAAAUUACUUUGAUGACUGAUUGAAUUUGAUACAAAUAAUGGUUGAUAAAAUUUUCGGUAGUGUUGCUGUAUUACAAGAUACAAGAUUUUACAAGAUUACAACGCGAAAAUCCUUUGCGCUCCUUUUUGUGACGACCCCACAAACUUAUACUAACCCACAUAUGACAUCAAAAAACACAUAAAAAAAAUAAAAUUGCAUCCUCUGAAAAAUGCAACCCUAAUGUAAUUUUUCAAUGAACUAAAUCAGUUCAUAGCCAAGAAAAAGUGCGUCUAAACAAUUACUUGUGAAUACAGGGACGAGAUACGACUCACCCCCUACUCUCUCCAGCACUAUUUCGCAAUAAUUCUGCUGCCGGAAAGAUUACCUGUAGUGUCCAUGCUUUUUCUUGGCUAGAUCUGAACUUUUGUCCUGUUUACUUUUUAUCAGUUUAUACUUUCCGUUUUCCUUUUAAUGAUUAAGUUUUAGUGAUACAUAUUUAAUUUUUCGAGUUGUCCAAGGCUGAUAGCGCGUCGGUUAAUCGUUUUUUAUUGUAUAUUUUAAAAUGUAAAUAGUUUUUAUUAUGUAAAUAUUGAAUUCUCGAAGAUAGAUAUAAGUGCGAGAACGUGAAUGAUGUGUCAAAUUUAGAUGAGUAGAUUUCACAAAACUUCACAUUUUAACCAAUAUUGGCAAUAAGAGAUAGAAUAUAGUAGUUUCAAAAACUUGUAUUUUAUCUUAAUCGUUACAAUAUUAUAAAGGACAGAUGUACAAAUUUAUUUAAUAAGAAUCUAAUACAACACAUACAAAACACCACAUCACACGGAUCACAAAAAACGGCUCUUUCGGGUUACAUCACAGUAUGUUUUCUAAAUAACAAUUCCAUCAUCGGUACUGCUUAUAGAUACUAGGUUGUUCAAUAAGUUUUGCGGUUCGAUAAGAAAAACACAAUUUUAUGACUUAAAAUACACUUUAUUAUUCAGUAUAGUCCUCCUGAACAUCAAUACACUUGUUCCAAGGAGAUUUCAAUUUAUUAAUUCCAUCCCUGAAGGGAGAAUCAGGAACGGUUGCAAAAUACGCUUCCACAGCUGUUAUAUACUCAUCAUUUGAUGAAAAACGCUUUUCACACAUUCUUAGGUAUUGAAACAAAUAGAAGUCGCUAGGAACCAAAUCUGCUUAAUACUGUGGAUGCUCUCACAAUUCGAACUUUAAUUCAUGGAUUUUAGCCAUUGGUAAAAUACUCAUAUAACACGGUGCAUUGUCCUGGUGAAAAAUGAUUUUUUUAUGUUGCAAACCGAGUCUUUUUUCACGAUUUUUUUUCCUUGGCUAAUUCUAAGUCAAUACUUUUCGAGUUAUUUGCAAGUGAAUAUGUUCAUUUUUAACAGAAAUAAACAUGUUUUUGGACGGUUUUUCUGAAGUAACUCAAAAAGUAAGUAUUUGAGCGAAAAAAAUAUUCUUAGCAAAAAUAUAGCUUAUAAAAAACUGAAAAAAAUGGUGUAUGCUUGAGGUCUGUCUGUAGACCCAGUAGAAGCAGAGUUGUAGCUAAUGAAAAGUAGGUUCUUCUUCAUCAAAUUCCAAAUCGAAUAUUUCAAUGUGAAAUAACCCAAAAACGGAGCACUUUUCGGGGAAAAUUCAUUUCAACUUUUUUAAAGUGUUUAAAAAAAGGUUUAUUUUUGUUUUUUUUUUAAACUUUUAACAUUAAAAGUAAGUGAGUUACGCUCAAAAUAUUGUUGGUUCCUUUUAUUUUUUGGUAAAAAAAUCGCGAAAAUCACCCCCUAAUUAGCAUCACAAAUAAACUUUAUCAUUACCACUUCACAAGUUACUUUGCUUAUGUAUUUUUUAUAUGAUCUCUAAGUUUCAUCGGUUCAAAGUGCUUAUUUUUGAAAAAGCUGUAGUUAAAAUUGCUUGAACGAGUAAAUAAUCACGAGUUUAGGCAAAUUUUGAACAGCCAUAGCAUAACCAAUUUUGGUCUAAGAAAAAAACAAAAAAGCACAAAUAUUCAGAAAAGCAAAACGUACAUGUUAAUUUAAUGAAAAAUUCCAUUUUUUUUUUCAAUAUAAAAAAAUGUUUUAUUUUAAACCCAAUUCUUUUCAAAAAUGAGCACUUUGAACCAAUGAAACUUAUAGAUAAUAUAAAAAAUACAUAAGUAAAGUAAUUUGUGAAGCGGUAAUGCUUAAUUUUAUUUUGGGAAGCUAAUUAGGGGGUGAUUUUCGCGAUUUUUGUACCAAAAAAUGAAAGAGACCAACAAUAUUUUGAGCGUAACUCACUUAUUUUUUAUAUUAGAAGUUUAAAAAAAAAACAAAAAUAAACCUUUUUUUAAACACUUUAAAAAAGUUGUAAUGAAUUUUCCCCGAAAAGUGCUCUGUUUUUUGGUUAUUUCAUAUUGAAAUAUUCGAUUUGGAAUUUGACGAAGAAGACCCUACUUUUCAUUAGCUACAACUCUGCUUCUGCUGGGUCUGCAGACCUCAAGCGUACACCAUUUUUUUUCAAUUUUUUAUAAGCUAUAUUUUUACUAAGAAUAUUUUUUUCGCUAGAAUACUUACUUUUUGAGUUAUCUGCGAAAAACCGUCCAAAAACAUGUUUUUUUCGUUAAAAAUGAAUAUAUUCACUCGUAAAUAACUCGAAAAGUAUUGCCUUAGUGAAAAAACUCUAUUAUAGAACAAAAAUUGCUUAGAAUUAGUCAUUUUAUCCAAUUCCGGACUUAUUUUGAACGUAUAUUUUUUCACUCCCGAGAAAAUGUUUUUCAUCCCGUAUUUCCCAAUUUUUGUAAAAUGGAGGGGAUGUAGAAUUGUAAACUUUUUCUUAUAAAUAUAAUAAGAGACAAUUUCAACUACCUAUUCCCAAAUUUUCAUCCUUCCUUUAUUUUUUUGGAGGUUUUCGUAAAAUUUUGUGUUCCCUGAUCGGGCUAAUGGGGGAUGGUGGACCAUCCCUGAACCCAAAUGAAACAUAGGCUGUUUUUAGAUUUUAAUUUUUCAUUUUACUCAUAUUUUGAAUACACGGAAUCAACUUUCAUUGGAAUUUUUCCUAGAGGAAUAGAGGGAAUGUGGCUGCAUAUGCAUAUUACUGGUAUACAUAUACUUUUUUAUAAAGAAUUUAAUUAAUUUUUUAUAUCAUUUUAACGUAUAAGUAUUGCCAAUAUUGGUAGUUUCUAAAACAUUAAAUGUGAAGUUUAUGCCUUUGUUAAAUAUUUUAGUAGUGUUCGAAAUUAAACAAUCUUUACAAUUAACUGGCCAAAGAUAUGUUUAGUUGUCAAAUUUUAAAUCAAUCUUAGAAAACUAAUGCCUAAUGGUUGGUUUUUAUCGUAUUCAUACGAAUAUUCAAAAACCCGGUCAACUUUGGAGUUUGGAGCGAUGUAAAAUCCAGAUAAAUUAAUGAAAUCAAACAAAUUUGUAGUAAAAAUCCCUUUGUAAUAUUGAUCUGAUGGUAUUUUAAUGUGAAAUGACCAGAAAAAGUUAAAAGGCCUAAAAGAAAAUUUUUUCAAAAAUUUUCAGUUUAGUCGUGUAGCCAGGGGGGGUUCAACGGCCUCCUUUAUUUAGAUGGACUUACCCAAGUUUUUUAUGUAUUUUUACCCGUAGAACACGAAUUUUUUGGGUAACAGUUGAUCCGGAUGACGAUAAGAUUGUUAUAAACAAAGAACUUGAGGAAUCACAUAACAACGAUUUUUCGCAAAACAAACCUUUUUUUCUAUUUUUUUGAGUUAUUCUAAGCAAAAAAUGUUAUUACAAGAUUUUUCGUAGGAUGCAUAGUUUUCGAGAUAAACGCGGUUGAACUUUAAAAAAAUCGAAAAAUUGCAAUUAACCCGAAAAACUUUUGACUAAAAAAUAAAAUAGCAAUUCUGCUUACCGCAUUUGAAAGUUCAAGCCAAAUUAUAUCAGUUUUGGUUACUUGCAUUGCUCAGUGGCGGCUCGUAUCACUUUAAGUAGGUAGUGCCAGAAUUCGGGCAGCUGCCUAAAUUUUUAGUGACGGUUCACGAUAUUGUCAAAAAGGGUAUAAUAGGUACGGAUACUUUUACAUUAUGUAGGUAUAUACCAUUUCUGGGGUGUCAAGAAAUUUAAACAUUUAAAAUGCAUUCAGUGAUUGAUUUGACAUCAUGUCCGUCCAGCAAGUAAAAUCUCCAAAACCUCUCAACUUGUCGCCUUUUACACAAAUAUCGGAAAACUAUAACUAACUGAAAUUCACCAGCGACGCGACGUCUGUCGUUUCAUCUGCAAUCACUGCAACACAAAGAUAAUUUUCAAUUUCUUUCCUUAUUUCCUCGUGAUAAACAUCUAACAUGCACUGAAGGAGUUCAUUUUGUGUUGUUUUGAGGUAGGUACAUACUUUUAAAAGAUUUGGAACUAUGAAUAUGAACCUAAGUCGUUGUCUAAUUCGGCUAACAUUGAACAGUUCCAUAAAGAUGCCUCUGUUUUCUGAAUUUUCCUUUUCGUCGUGAUUUCUCAAAACUAACUCGAAAGCUCCACAAAACCAUAUAGAUAUAAUUUUUAAUUUGAUUCAAAACAUAUCGAUUCUUAUCCACUUCUUGUUCAUUGUGUUUAAUUAGACUAUCACGAUAAACUUAAUUUAACUGGGGUUUUAUUGAAAAUUAAAUUUUUUUAAAUAAUUUGUAAUUAAAAAUGUCAUAAUUAUAAAUACAAAAACGAGCGAGCGAGCGCGUAAAGAAACUCGAAAAUAUAAUGUACUACCCUGUACGAGAAUCUUUUUGGAUCCACUAUUCACUAUGAUACUAGUAAAAAAUAUUAGAUCUUGUCGAGCCAGGCACGAAUAGUCUCAUUUAAACGUGUAUUAACAGUGCAAUAUAGCUCUAUCUCUGUCACUUACAUAUAAUGCCCGUAAAAUCUUUCUCUUUUCAGGAGAGCCAUCUAAGAUUUUGGCACGAUCAUCCCGUACGCUGUAAGUUGCAAGGGUUGUAUUACACUACACCGUUGCCAGAUUUUAUAUAAUUUAUAAAGAGGAAAGAAAUACGCACAAAAAAAUGAACGGGUUUUAAUACGGUUUAAAGAUAAAAAAAAAUAUGUUUCUGUAUAAAAAUAAGGUAGUGCCAUGGCUCCAUGGCACUACCUCACCGGCCGCCACUGGCAUUGCUAAGAAUUAAUUUUUUUAUUGUCAAACAACAGCUAUAAACAAGUAGUGUUUUAAUGCAUUCUACGUAGAAAUUGCCUGUUUGUAGGCACUGUAAUGAAUUCUACGUAGAAAUUGCCUACUCGUUCGAUUUUAUAUGGGAGAUACAUUGAAAACAUCACUCAGACACUAUUUGUUUGUAGCUUUGUUACAAUAAAAAAUUAAUUUUUAGGAAUGCAAAUAAUCGAAACCGGUAUAAUUUGACUUGAACUUUCAAAUGCAGUGAGCAGCAUUGCUAUUUUAUUUUUUAAUCAAAAGUUACUUGGGUUCAAAAAUUGCAAUUUUUCGAUUUUUUUAAAGUUCAACCGCGUUUAUCUCGAAAACUAUGCAUCCUACGAAAAAACUUGUAAGAACAUUUUUUGCUUAGAAUGAUCCAAAAAUACAAAAAAAUGUUCUGUUUUGCGAAAAAUAGCUGUUAUAUAAUUCCUCAAGUUCUUUGUUAAUAACAAUCGUAUCGACAUCCGGAUCAACUGUUACCCAAAAAAUUCGGGUCAAAAUACAUAAAAAAAAACUUAGUAAGUGCAUCUGAAUAAAGAAGGCCGUUGUACCCCCCUGGCGACAGAACUAGUUAUUAUUGUUUAUUUUUUUAUUUUCCGUUUUACGAUAAAAAUAAUUUUUCCGGAAUAAGUCGAUUAUAUCGAUAAUAAAUAAUAAUUCUGCUGUAAAACUAGUGACGUCUUAUAUUUCAAUUCAUUCAGAGACUGCCAUAAACACUUUAACCGGUUUCAGCUAUUAAUCAGAGAGUGUAUAUAGUCCGUCCGCUAUAACUUUUCCCAUGCUGUACGAUUCAUUUUCAAUCAAAUUAAGUCAAAACAUAAAUUGAAACGAACGUCGAUGUGUAUAUACAUUUUGUAUACUGUAUACUAUAUACUACACACAUCGGCGUACGUUUCACUUUCUGUUUUGACUUAAUUUGAUUGAAAAUGAAUCGUACCGCAUGGGUAAAGUUAUAGCGGACGGACUAUGUGUAUAUGACUUUCUCUGAAUGAACUGAAACAAAUCCGACUUCUAGUAUCGAAUCACAGCAAAAUAACGCGACAAUAACGGUGCCGUAGCGGCAUCUACUUACAACAAGCGAAAGUUUUACUCCAAUAAGAUAAAAACUAACAUGAAAAUGUAUUAGUUUACUCCUAUCAGAGUAUGUGGGACCAAUUUUUCGUUGGAAUUUUUGCCACGCUGAGCAGGCAGGAAGUGAGAUGCAAUUCUUAGAUCUCCCCUAGACUUUUUUGCCUCAGCAUUCGUAUGGUUUGCAAAUUAUAAAAACCGCAAAGGCGUUACCAGAAAAUUCGUCUCAAUAAAAGUUUUAUUAUAAUAUUAUUUUUAAUUUUAUUGAAGUAAAACUAUCGCUUGUUGUAAGUAGGUGCCGCCACGGCAUCCGUAUCGCGUUAUUUUGCUGUAAUUUAGUACUAGAAGUCGGAUUUGUUCAGUUCAUUUAGAGAAAGUCAUAUAAACACUCUCUAAUGAUAGCUUAAGAGCUUGAAAAAUGUGUUAAUGGCACUCUCUGAAUGAAUUGAAAUAUAAGACGUCCCUAGUUUUCGUUUUACAGUAGAAUUAUUAUUUUUUUCCCAUUAGUUUACUCCUAACAGAGCAUGUGGGACCAAUUUUCCGUUGGAAUUUUUGCCACGCUGAGCAGGCAGGAAGUGAGAUGCAAUUCUUAGAUCUCCUCUAGCCUUCUUUGCCUCAGCAUUCGUAUGGUUUGCAAAUUAUAGAAACCACGAAGGCGUUACCAAAAAAAUUUGUCUCAAUAAAAGUUUUAUUUUAAUAUUAUUUUUAAUUUUAUUGAAGUGAAACUUAGGCUUGUCGAUUAUAUCGAUUUUUUAUAAGGUUCUAUCAUCAAAUGUCACUCAACAAUAAUAAGAAGUCUAAAAUUCAUAAUUUCCAAGUCUAUGCAAUCAUUUCUGAGGCUUGCUUUUUCAAAAUUUUUUAAUUUCGAACACCGAAAAUCCCCAUUAACUAUAUUUCUUUAUACACUGAAAGACUAAAAGAUUUGCCAUUAGCUCUUAAGGUUUAUUUAUUAAUUUGCAGUAUUAACUUAUUUGGUAACGACGACAGCUAAUAUUAUUCCUCUGUAGAUCUUAGGUAUUAUAUUUUUGUAACUGAUUUACCUCUACCAUCGGUAAAGUGUGUAUAUAAGAGAAGUUGUGAAUGUACUUAAAAAAAGUGCUGUUUUUAAUAUAUGACUGGUUUUAU